GAAUGCGAGUGACAUUAGACUUCACCUUCCUCUUUCUCAUCCUCCUCUUCGUCGAAUUUUGUCGGAUUCCGUUCCCUGUGGAAAUGUCAAAAGCAAGUCAACUGCUGUCUGUUGAUUUUGAAGUCUUUGGACAUGUUCAAGGUGUCUGCUUCCGGAUGUACACGGAGAAGGAGGCGGCCCGCGUUGGGGUGGCCGGCUGGGUCAAGAACACUCGAAGUGGCACGGUGGUCGGACAGCUGCAGGGACCCGCCGAACCCGUCGAGCACAUGAAGGCGUGGCUUAGCAAGGUAGGCAGCCCGAGCUGUCGCAUCACAAAGACGUCGUUCAGUAACGAGCGGACGCUUCAGGCCUUGGAGUUGAGCGGCUUCGGGACGCGCUACUGAAGGCCGAUGGUCACCUAACUGACAGGUUGCUUUUCGGUCACCAGAUUGAUCUUUUGAUCAUCUGACUUCCUGUCCGAUUAUCUGCUUGUUGCGUUUCAUUCGAUCGCUGCCAUCCCUCACAAGUCAAAAUGCAUUAGACAUCUAUUACCAUCAGUGGCACUGACAAAUAAUCAUUUUUUGUCAUUUAGUUCACCCCAUUUUUUUUAAUGUGUCUCAACAAGCAAAACACUUCAUAAUAGCGUACGCCAGCUUUCCUAGUUAACACGAUGUUCCCGCCACGGCCAACCGGAGGCAGUAUAAAACUGAAAAAUGGAUUGACUUGUCUCGAUUCCUCUUGGCGCAUCCGCACAACACUUAAUAUUAGUCAUUCUAUGCAGCGGAUCAGGAAUAUGUGACUGAAUACGGUCUAUAUAUUUUUGCUGUACCCUUUUUGUUCACGCUGUAACUUUGAGUGAAAUCACAGCAAGAUUUAUGCUAAUAUGUGUUAGCACGAUCACUAAAAGGCUUAUGUUUGUGUGAUUUCUGUUUGAAAAUAAACUUCAGCUGGGAGUGACAAUAAAGAGCUUCAAGCCUUUUUUUCUUUAAAGGGUAUGACAACACCUGGGGAAAUGCUAAUAUUCCAUCAUUUAUCCAUAAACGCAUGCCUUUUGGAUUCAUAUCAUGCCACUUCGUGUAAUUACACAUAUCGCAACACCAAGAAAAUGAUAGAAAUUUGGAUUGAUUGUCAAGCUAAAAUGACCCGCCCACGAGAUCCCGGAAAUCUAUCAUAUUGUGCGCGUGACGUCACUACGAGGAAACAACCAGCUCAGUGCUUAGUACUGAAUGGCGGGGAUGAUAGCGGACAAUUUUGUUUCUAGUUGCAGUGAUGAAUCCGACGUAACGAACAUUCUUCUAAUGGUGACGAGGAGAGUGAUGAACCUUUCUUUGGUGUUUUGGUUUAUCAAUUUGAGCCCAAACGAAAGCCAAUGCAGCCUAAUGAAAGGAUCAUUGAGGUGAGCAAUCACACUGAUGAAACACCGGCAACAUCGUGUGGGAAACACCGAAUGGUUUGUUUUGCAUUUCUUUUUGUGAAGCUGAUACAUCAUGACCGCAAAAUAAUGUAAUGUAUAGAAUAAUUAUCAUUUAUUGUGCUAUCAUAGGUUUUCGCUCUGCCAGCAGACACAGAAUGGGAUUCGAGGAUUCGUUCUAUAUAUUUUACGAGCAAUAAUUUGUACAUGUGUCCAGUCCUAUAUCCAAUGCGUGAUAUGUUUUUAUCAUAAAAGAGUUGUCACUCUGGCCAUUUUGAGCUUGGCUGCUCCGCUCCUUUGGCUAGCCUGGGGUGGUCUCAUCAGAGCCAGGCGUCCUCUUUCUUGAUAUCUCGGGACAUUUAGGUGCCCGUGUAAGGUGGCUGCUUUCAUCAGCAAUUUCAUUUGUCCAUAGUUCGAAUAGCUUUCAGGUGUAAAAUGCGCACCACACAAAACGGUGUCGAAGGCUGGGUCCGCAAAAUUAGCCCUCUUAGCACGGACGAACCUUACUCAUUGUCUGCGUAGUCCAGCUAAUUUUCUCACGUUCGGGAACUCAUGGAUACUACAUUGCGACAAAUGACUAUUUGUAGACCACAUAGCAUGACAGGUUUGAACCAUUUUAGCGUUUUUUUGAUAAAACACGAAGGCAACUCUCUCGUCCAUAAACAACGAUUGCACCUGCCUCGACCUUUCGUUUCCUUGUUAUGACGUCUCCGCCCCAUUCGGCUGUUUCCAGAAUACUUUCGGAAAUGUUCGUAAUUUUCGAUCUAUUUUCGAUAUUUGCUCAUGAAUGCGAUUUAUUUUUUGGUUAACUUUAUUAAUAUUUGUUAUCUUGCCACAUAACGGUUCUAUUGAUAUCUCACAGCCCCUUAGUGUUUUAAUACCCUUUAACAAUUGUUCAAUCUUUGCUAAGUAUAUGUUUUAAAUCCACCUGCCGCCGUCUUUUCGUACUCGUAUCUCGAGUGUGCGCUUGUUAGAUAAAGCAAAAGAAGUGAGAGCUCUUCUGCGAAUGUUAGAUCUCAGCACAUGCCACCUCAAUCUUUUCCUUACUCUGAUAUUCUGCAGGCCUUCAUGUGGUAUAAACACCUCCAAAUAUAACAAGCCCCCCUCCUGUUCCCCCUUAACUAAUUGGCCGUCAAUGACUGCACUAGACGUCCAAUCCGUUUUCCAAAGUGGAUCAGACGUCUAGUGCUAUCAAAGGCACUGAAAGAUGAGCAAUGACAGUCAGUCCUCCCACUUUAAAUGAAUUUGAUGUCUAUCCCUGUCAAUGGCAGGCAGUGAGUUAACCUCGGGUCACUUCCUUGUUAAUUUUACUGUGCUUACUGACGGGCAGAUCUAGGAAAAUAGUUACGGGGUUGCGAGAGGGGGCAGGAACCUUUUGAGGGUUGAGAAUGUAGGACAUGAAAUAUUCUGAAAUGUUUUUGCCGUCUGAAAUUAUUUUUUUUUUUGGGGUCGAAAACCCCACAUUUUUGCCGUAAGCAUAUACGUUGAGACUGAAAAGAAUCCAAAAAUUUGAGACCUUUCCUAGUUAUCCUUUGCUUCUUGUCGUUUUACCCUCCCGGGAACAAUUUUGGCAUCCUGGCGGCGUUGCCGUGGAAACCAACGCUGAGAAAAUCUUCUGCCGGCCACCAUCUUUGCCGCAUGGCUACCCGCACCUGAGCGAGCGAGCGUGGGUGGCCCUCGUCGGUUGCACGGCAACAGCCUGACGUUCCAGCCAAAAAGUUGGAGCCGCAAAUCUAAAUAAAUCCGGGUGAGUAUUUUGCUCACAUGCUGAAGCGGACCGCAGAUGACGGGAAGUGAUGUCACCGCUCCUAGGGGAAUCACCUCUUGGAAAUGUGAGUGUGAGAGUUUUUUUUUUUGUUUUUUGCAUUUUUAUUGUUAUUUUUCAAAGAAAAAAGAUUUUUUUUUUUUGUGUGUGCAACCUUUAAUGUUUUUUUUUUCCAGGUCUUUUUCUUCUUGGUGUAUUUUUUUGUGUUUAUUUUUCUUGUGUUCGUGUCCUUUCUGUAUUUGUUUCUUUUUGUAGCUUGUUUUUCGUCUUUUUUUGUUUUGAUCCUUUUUCCUCUUUUUUAUUGGUUCGUGUCAUUUUUAUUUGAUUUUAAUUUGUGUUUUGUGGGUGAUUCGUGCUCCCCUUUUCAAUAAAAAAAAAAAUACUGUUACUAAAACAGUUUGUCAUGUCCCCCAUUGUUGCUUUAAAAAAAGACAACUGUUUUUGUAUUGACCCCGCAGUAAAUUUGUCAAAUGACCAGAGGUGAGCAGAGUACCCCAAAACUUUUACUCAAGGAUAGCGUACUUCCAAAAUGAUAUUACUCAAGUAAGAGUAAAAGUAGUCAUCCAAAAACAUACUCAAGUACAAGUAAAAAAUAUUUGGUGAAAAGAAUACUCAAGUAAUGAGUAACAUUGUGAGUAACUGCUUACAAUGUUGGAUUUUUUUACUUUUUACAAAAUGGUAUUUUUUUUCUCAGCAUAAAGUUAAUCUAUAUAAACUGUUAUUAUAAUACUGUAAUUCAGGGGCAUCACUAGGUUUUAAGCACAGGGGGGCUUAGCCCCGAGGAGUUAAACAGGACGUAAGUGAAUGUAGCAUUCAAGCACAUUACUUGACAAACGGCAAGCAAAGACUAAUAAUUUAUACAUAUACACAUAUAUUUAAUCAUAGAGGCUGAUGCCAUAACCUUUACUCACAACACAGUAAUUGUUUGAUUCCAAAUACACAGAUUACAUUUUGGGCAUAUUUGUAAGGAAAAACAGCUGCCAUUUAAAACCCUGAAAAAUACUACUAAUUACUUGAAUUUAAGUAAUAUCUGGAUCGGGCUAAUUUGCUGUACACACACACAUGCUCACAAAAAUACAGUGCCCUCCAUAAUUAUUGGCACCCCUGAGAAAGAUGUGUUUUUUAGCUUUUAAUAUUUUUUUUUAAUUCAAAUAAUAUGGGACUUUAAUGGAAAAAAAGAGAAAAAUCCAACCUUCAAUACAAGUGCAUUCAUUCAGUGGGGAAAAAAAUCCCAUAUAAAGAAAAAAAAUUAUUUGACAUCAAAUAAUGUGUGUCACAAUUAUUAGCACCCCUGGUUUUAAUACUUUAUAGAACCCCCUUUUGCCAACAAAACAAGGUCUGGGGACUGAGAUGGCCAUGGGAGGAGCUUGAUUUUGUGUCUGGUGAAUCAUUUCUGUGUAGAUUUGGCCACAUGUUUAGGGUCAUUGUCUUGCUGAAAGACCCAGUGACGAUCCAUCUUCAGCUUUCGGGCAGAGGGCAACAGAUUUUGAUUUAAAAUGUCCUGGUAUUUCAAAGCAUUCAUGAUGCCAUGCACCCUAACAAGGUUCCCAGGGCCUUUGGAAGCGAAACAGCAUCACUGACCCACCCCCAUACUUCACAGUGGGUAUGAGGUGCUUUUCAGACUGCGCAUCUUUCGUGGCACGCCAGACCCACUUAGAGUGUUUGUUGCCAAAAAGCUCAAUCUUGGUCUCACACAAAAAUACACACGGUCCCGUGUGCUUUGGUCAGAUGAGAUCCCCGAAAGAUGCCCUGCUAUCCUUUGGCCACUCAUACAACUUUUCUUUGAAUUGAAAACAAUACAUCGCCACACACCGCCAUGGCAUCUUACCGAGAAGCAAUGCAACAAUACUGUUCUAUGGCGGACUUCCCUCGCAGUUCUCGGUGUGACGUCAUUUCCGAAGAUUGUCGAAGAAAAGCAUUUUCGUUGUCAAGGGCGUUGCUAUGGGUUAAACAAAAAAUCUGGAAGGGUUGUGUAAAAAAAAAAAAAAAAAAAAAAACGAAAAUAUGCUUAUAAUUGUUUAGCCAUUGAUAUUAUUCAAAAACAUGGUUGGCCAACCUUACUUCACAUUUGGUCUUUAAAAUGUACACACACGCACCCGCCGCACCGUUGCCUCUAGGGGGCCUGGUUUGCGUGCCAAAAGGGGGUGUGGUUGGGCAAGGGGAGGGUCAAACGGAAAGGUAAGAUGGAGCUAGAACAGCGGUCACGGAACCGCGGACCUCGGUCCGGUUCCGGUCCCCCAAGCCGUCUGGACCGGAUCUCAAGCUGUCCGGACUAAUACACGUGCAACAAUAAAAAUAUUUUUUUUCUGCAGGUUUGCAGAGAGGAGGCGGGCAACAAACAAAAACCUUAGCGGUGACGCGCGUGAGCCAGCCAAUGGGAUUGAAGCAUUUGAAAGUUAUUUUUAGAACAGCAUGUCUCGCACUCGCUUUCCAGGCUCCGUGGAGUGACAGCCAAAAACUGAGCCGAAUGAGGUUGGAGGAAGAGGCGAAAAGGCACGGCAAAUGGCGUGCUCAAAACUACGCAAGAUUGAUGCAGAAAACAGAGUGUUUAAGGAGGAGUGGACCAACACAUUUUUGUUCAUUUUACCUGGCAGCAGCACAAGACAGCUAUGCCUCAUCUGAGACUGCUUCAGAGACGGUAGCGCUUGUAAAAAGCAGCAAUUUGAAAAGGCACUAUGGCUACGUUCAUACUACAGGUCGUAAUGCACAAAUCCGAUGUUUUUGUCAUAUCUGUUUUGUGGCGUGCCCGUUCAGACUGCCUUUGUCCAUUGAGACCAUUCAAGUAUUACGCAUACGCACUAAUUCGCAGCCGUAUUUUACUCACAAAACAUAAUUAACUACUGUAUGUACAUUUGAGUUUCUGCUCUUUCACUCCUCUUUAAAAGAAACUGCUGUAUUUUACGCCAAAACAAUUGUUGUGUUUGAUAGAACAAUAUGUCUAUAUGCUGCCAUAGCAGAUUCAUGGUGCAUGAAGCCCCCGAACUAUUUUGAAUUUGUCUGUUUUACCCUGAAAACCCCCGUUUACAGACGUCGCACAACCGCUUUUGUUUCAACCCAGCCAUAAAACGAAGGUAAUUAAUUAUAUUUGUUAUUCAAAACGUCUGUCGUUUUUAGCUUAGAAUCAUUAAUUGAUGUCUCAUAUUUCGUUUAAAAAAAAAAAAGACUUUAAAAAAUUAUUCAUUCGCAUAUUUUAAACUUUUAAACAAAUUAUGUCACAGUGAAAAAAAUGGCGUCUGUAAAAAUGUCACGGAUAUCUACCUCAUAACUAUCGCUUAAUUGUAUUUUUUCUGUUACUGUCGCAUUUUCUCCGAUAUGUUAGAUGAUAAAUAAUCGAUCCAAAUAAAAAAAAGUCAAAAAAAAAAAGUUUAAAAGGGUAAAUAUAUGAAAAAGAAACAUCUCGACCACUCCUUGAUGUCUGCGAUUUCUGCAUCGAGACCCUUAUUAUAUUACCAUGUUUCACCCAUAAAAUCCCAAAAUAAUCCAGCUGAGACCAUUCACAGCUGUGUCAUGACACUCAGUGAUACAUGCUACAUGGAGUUUUUGGAUCAAAACAAAGUAAGUACGCGAUAAUAUCUCGUUAAAGUCCUGGCGUCUGUAAUUCUGUGCUCGCGUGCUCUCACCUCCAGAUAGGGUUUUGCUGUUUAAAAAACUUUUUUUUUUUUUUUUUAAAUGCCCUCCUGUUCAAAUUUUUUCUUCCCCCAGAAAAUUGAGAUGUUAAGCUUUCCAAUGAUGUAUCACACAUGCAUAUCGGACAAUUUUGAAAUUUGGCCAAAUUGGGGGUCUCAGAGCGGAACUUCAAGUCACCUGAGUGUUUUCCGCCAUAUAUACAAUUAACCCUGGUGAAAGCGAUGCAGACCCCUUUAAGAUUUAAAAGUGUAAAUCAAGUAGUUGUCCGUCGAAAUAUCAUCACAAAUGGUAUGAAAAUCUUUUAUAAAGGUUGAAAAGUGACCUUGUGUUGCUUUAAGUCAGUGCUUCUCAAUUAUUUUCUGUCACGCCCCCCCAAGGAAGACGUAAAUGUUUCGCACCCCCCGAAACUCUCUGCCGCCACUAUAAAUAGUAUCAUUUGUCUAUAAAAUUACUAUUAUAAAUACGCCUCUGCCUAACAUUGAGUCCUUUUUUUUCUAAUAAAGAAAAAAAGUAACAUAGAUCAACUUAUAACAAAGUAUAACUUUAUUAACAUUGUUUUGUUUGUAACAGAGAAGACUUGACGUGCAUCAAUUUGCCUGAAUUUUAAAAAAAGUCACAUCCAAACUGUAAAAAAUACACUCAAGGUACAUUUUUGACCAUUUGAUACAGAAAAAUAAAAUGUAAUAAAAUCAGUAAACAAUAACAAAUUAAAAUUGAUUAGAAACAUUCACUCAUGAGGACAAUAUGCCAAAAAAUUUGACCGAGAAAAACAAAACUGAAUAAAAAAAUAUAUAUAUAAAAAAAAAAAGAGUGUCCUUGGACAGGACAGUUUUUAUUUUUGCUGCUCACAGUAUUUACCUCCUUUGCAAUGGUGUGGAGUUAUUUUGCAAUGAGCAUGCUAACAAUGCUCACUGGAUUACUGAUAUAACACUGACAAAGCAGGACGAUUGUUGGCAAUAUUCGGCACGUUUUCACUGAAAAACAAUCAAGCGGCUUAUCAAUGAGAUUGGGGUCUAAUGUCUUUAAGUGGCGUCUUAAUUGAUUUGGCUUCUGGCUGUCCGCUAUAAUUAUUUUUAGACACAGUAAACAGUGGUCUUUCCUCAUCACCCACUGUAUUAAAAGUCAAAGCUAAAAGGCAAACAUCACGAAAAAAGAGCUUUCUCGGCGGCCAAGGUAGAACCGUAGGUGAGGGCGGUCGUCGUGACGAUCCCAAGCCGAAAAUGGCCCUUCUCGGGCGGCGACGUGAGAACCGGACAAGACAGUGGGUCGCUGCGUGAGUGAGUCCGGUCGGAAAACGGCUUUCGAAAACGGCGGUGACACACUGCUCUUCAUAUCUGUUUUCUGUGUGUGCUGAGUGCUCUUCCUUAGUUCAAAAAUAUUGCGCGCACUCUGAAAAUGAGAGCGCCACUGCCACCUACUGAGUGGAUGUGCAAGUACACUUUAUUCCAGUACGGCAAAAAAACACAAAAAAGCAUGUUCCCCGAGGUCACAUGCGCCCCCCCUGGCAUCGCUCUGCGCCCCCCCAGGGGGGCGUGCCCCACUAUUUGAGAAACACUGCUUUAAGUGUUGAAUUAUUUCGAAUCCCCCCCGCUCGGCUGGUUGUCUGGAAGGGCCUGCAGAAAAUUUUCCACUGCCCCCGCCCCACACAUUGGACAAUCGUCUUGAAGGGCCUGCUACAGUGUGGAGGGGCCCAAGAAUAUUUAUCCACUAUGACGCUGGACGUUAACCUUGGGGGCCUCGUUUAUCCUCAUCGCACCCGGGCAAUGUUGACAUUUGUUCCAUCACUGCGUCCAAUCCCUUUUUACUGGGAGGAGCUGGCGUAUUCGUUACCGUAUCCUGUCAUAAAUUGGCUUAUUUCCAAAUAUAGUUUGGUCAGGUUGGAUAGCUUUCUCACCGUGUGUUACUUAUAACUCACUGGCUGCCAUUGACGACGAUAGACGUCCAAUCCAUUUGGGCAAGGAGUGGUGAAUGAUCGAAUGUUUAUUUGCCACUCUCAAUCCAGAUAAAUUGGACAUCUCGCGUUGUCAUCCAAAAAUGCCCCCCCAAAAUGAAUAGGAAAUGACUCUAAAUCUACACCAAGUGACCCACGGGAGAGCAUAGCAUCCCGGGGCAAAUUCUCCCCGAAAUGGCAUUUCCUAGUAUUACGUCAUCAUUCGUUUUUGUUGUGUUCUUUCAAGCGGAUUGUGUUACAGUGUGUGUGCGGGGUGUUUGGGUCAAUGUGUUAUGGCCUGACGAGAAGCCGUCUUGCAUCCUAUAUUGUGUAUUUCCUCACUUUUUUAAGCGACAUUUAAACUUUGAAACAAGAGUUUGCGGCAGCAUAACGUGUUGCCAGAGCAACUACACGCACGCACGCGCGUACACAUUUCUGCUUUCCACCAUCAGGCUCUUCAUCCAAUCUCUGCAGCCCCCCUCCUUUUCACCCCUCGCCCCUCCCUCUGCUGCCUCUCACUGAUUUAAAGUAUAGGGGCGCUUGUUUUCUUCAUAUUCACUGCCCAUGCGGGUGGAGAAAAUAAGGUAUCCAAAGUGACCCGUUUUUUAAACGAUUGGUCUUAUUCGACGCUUUCAGCUUGAAAAAAAAAAUCAUUAUUGUUGACCAUAAAUUAAUUAAAAAAAAAAAAAAGCAGCAUAAUAUGAUUUUAGUAUACUAGUUGCAAGUUUGAACACUGUAAGUGAUGUCUUGGGGAAUUAACAAAGAACGUUAUAAAUGAUAAAAAGCAAAAAAAAUGAAUAAAAUAAUAAUAAUAAUAAUAAUUAGGGUUGUUCCGAUCAUGUUUUUUUGCUCCCGAUCAGCUCCCGAUCUUUUUAGUUUGAGUAUCUGCUGAUCCCGAUAUUUCCCGAUCCAAUUGUUUGUUUGUUUUGCUCCCGAUUCAGUUCCAAUCAUUCCCGAUCAUUUUUCCCGAUCAUAUACAUUUUGGCAAUGCAUUAAGAAAAAAAUGAAUAAAACUCGGACGAGAGGGAUCCACGGAUAGAAAGACUUGUAAUUCUUAAAGGAUAAAUGUGACUUUGUAUAUUGUGACUAAAUAUUGCCAUCUAGUGUAUUUGUUGAGCUUUCAGUAAAUGAUACUGCAGCCAUUCAACCCAAAUGUAUGAUGGGAAGUGCAACCAUGACUGUGCGUAGUGGCACCAAUUGAUAUAUCUUCUCUGCGUUGGGAAAGAACAUAGGGUGUUAAGAAAAUGAUCAACUACUACCUUUCUACCCCACUUUGCUUCUCACGAUAUUUCUAAUUGUUGAGAGAUGGAUUGUAAGGCUUUAGCCAAUUAAAAAAAGGCUCCAAAGGCUGUCAAAAUUCUCUCUACUCAUUAUAUCUAUAUUCAUCAUUCAUCAUUAUAUCUUAUAUCUCUAUAUAUUGGUAAAACGGCGCCUUUAUAGAUUGAACACGACAACGCGUGAGUGGGUCGUGCAGCGCAUUCGUUAAUUAUUUAACGUGAUUAAUUAAGAAAAAAUCAUUACCGCCGUUAACACAAUAAAUUUGAUAGCCCUACUUUAAGCCAAAACUACUCUGGAUGAGUGUAAGACAUUUUGUCUGUAACGUUAUAUACAAUUAGAAAACGAUUUAAAUAAAAAAAUAUAUAUAUAUAUGAAAAAAAGGCAUGUCUGAUAUUUUUUUGCCGGUUCCGAUACUUUGAAAAUGACGUGAUCGCACCCGAUCGAUCGGUUUAAUAAUAAUUCUAAACAAAGAUCAUAGACGAAAUAUUUUUUAAAAUUAAAUUUAUAUAAAUAUUAGAAAAAUUCAAAACCAAGUCAUGGUAACAUGACUGUACAUUGAGACCAAAUAAGUAAAUAUAAAUGAUGAAUUUUUCAUAAAAUAAAAUUAAUAAAAAUAUGCCAGGGGGGACAAAUGCUUGAAGACAUUAUUAAAGAAGGAGGAAAACAAUUGUCUUAACAUAGUCAUUAAAAAUUAUUAGUCACAAAAUAUUUAGGUUUUUUUUUUUUGUUUGUUUGUUUUGUUUUGCUUUUUUCUUUACAUUUAGGGUUUUUUCCCCCUCCGCUUUUUGAUUUCUUUGACAUGAUUAUAUACAAGGGCGUAGGUUUGGUCUCAACAUUGGUAGGGACGAUAUAACGGCAUAACCUGUAUGUACACUUUCUGCUGGGGACUGGACAUUCAUAAUGAUCAAUGCAAAAUAAAUCUGUAUUGAUUUAUACCAACUUAAAUGUGUAUUGGCUCAGCCUACACUGUUCAAUUCAAACCUUUGUUUUCUACAACUACGAAAGAAACAUUUUGAAAACUUCCAGAAAAAAAAUGUCCAGAUUUUAAGAGCAAAUUUAAGUUGCAUUAUUUGAACAUAACUUCAAUUAUAUUAACAUACAAAAUAAAUCCAAGCUUGUUAAUCAUCUCUUAACGAUCCAGGAAUUGAAAAAAAAAACAAAAAAAAAACAUUUGUCAUAAGACCACUCAACAUUGUCUAAAUAAAGAAAUUAAAUAUACUGUAACUGAAAAAACUUCUUUGUCAGGGAAUAACAAAAAAAUAAAUUCAAAUGGAGCUGUCCUUCAGGUAAAACUCGUCUUUUUAUUUAUUUAUUUAUUUAACUUCUGAGUCAUCGUCUUUGCAAUUGUCUUGCGAGCCUUUUGCGGUCGUGCUGCGAACCAUUUGCUGUCGUGUUGUGGCAAUUGGCGUUCGUGCUUUUGCCUUUUUGCAAUCGCGCUUUAGGAAUUGGGGAUUGUGUUGUGGCAAUUUGCAUUCGUGCUGCGAGCCAUUUGCUGCUGUGUUGUGGCAAUUGGGGUCCGUGCUUUUGCCAAUUUGCGAUCGCGCUUUAGGAAUUGGGGAUCGUGUUGUGGCAGUUUGCAUUCGUGCUUUUUAUCUUUUGGAAAGCGUUUGCAAUUGGGGUUCGUGCUUUAUCUAUUUGCAAACUGUUUGGACUUUGCAUUUCGCCUGAAACCUCUCGGCCACCGUCGUGGCCAGUACAGCGGACAACAAAUUUAUAGUCUGGACCGCGGCCACCCGUGGCCACCCCCUGGUGGCGCCAUUGGAGGAUGCAGAAGACAGGGUUUGAUGGGGUCAAUUGAUUCGCUGUGGCGACCAGUGUUGUUAAUAAUGCCGUUAGAAUAUAACGGCGUUACUAACGGCGUUAUUUUUUUCAGUAAUAAGGAAUCUAAUUAAUUACUUUUUUCAUCUUGGCAACGCCGUUAGCAUUACUGAGGCGGGAAAGGCGUGGGCUACUAUGCGUUACUAAGUUGGUUGAAUAAAAAAAGUCUGAGAGAGACGGACUCACGGAGACGAGAGAGCAGAGCAGGAGUGGGGAAGACGCUGUUGCAAACGCGAUGCGAGGUGGCUCCAAUAAUACCUGACUGUAGCCAUAGCCUACAAACUACGCCCACAUGAUACGGUAGAUAUCACAUAUUAUAGAACUAGAUGCAAUGACAGACACGGCUGCAUUGGCAACAUGUUUUAAGGACUAUAUGCGUUAGUAAACAGCGACCAUCUUAAAGCAGUAGACCUCUCAGGAAGGCUCUGAUGUAGAGAUCCUUCCUAGCGAACCUAAGUAACUUUUUUUUUUUUUUUUUUUUUAAUUACCUAAAAUGCUCCUAAAUCGGCAAAAUCUUGACUUAAAUCUAUCUUUAAAUGAUGAAACAGUUUUAAAACUUACACAUGUUGAAAGUAGACUGAAGGGAACUAAUGCAAUAACGGGAGCAAUUUUAACAACUUUAACGGUUGAUUCACAACUUUAAAUGACUUCCACACAUAGCAAAGGUUACCAUCUACCGGUAGUUAUCGGAAUACCCUUGUGUCUAGUUAAGGGGAGGGUAAAGAAUUGGGCUAGGGCCAAUUGUCCCCAAAACCCUUUAAACUUCACAUUGUGUGACCUGGUUUUUUGGGGGUUUUUUUGAGAGAAAAAAACAUGAAAAUUAUCACUAGUUACUUUGCCAAGUAACUAAUUACUCUGAGUUACUAACGCAAUUACUUUUUGGGAGAAGUAAUUUGUAAGUGUAAUUAAUUACUUUUUUUAAGUAAAAUUAACAACACUGGUGGCGACCCUGAAGAAAUAAGCCGAAAGGAAAAGAAUAAGAAUGAUAAAGAAAACAUUCUCACUUUUAAGUCUUUUUAUUUAAAAAAUAAAUAAAUAGAUAUAUAAUAAAUAAUAAUAAAUAACAUUUUCCCAACUCAAUUUGAAGUCCACGUGCAAGUUCCUGAAACUCCUUACAAAGUGAUUGGAGAUAAAUGGGGUGCUGAAUUGUAUAAGGACGGAUGAUUCCGAAAGAGACCUUAUUUAUUAACAAUU